AUGCUAGCAGAUACCUCGCAGCCCAAGCCUCCGAACCCAACACAUGACCAAGAGAUGCGCGUUAAAUACUACGCGAUUCUGAUCGGAAUCGACGAUUACGCGGAGAAGCCGCUAAAAGGUUGCGUACGGGAUGUUCAAGCAAUCAAGGCAUGUCUAGAAAGCCAGCUGGGGGGCCUCGUAGAUAUACAAAUGCUCACGGCCAGCCCAACCAACAACACCCCCAAUCCUCCUGCCGGUAAAGACUCGACGCUCUGCCCGACCCAUGCAAAUGUGGUUGCUUCGAUGGGAAAGUGCAUUUCACUCGCCAGGGCCGGAGAUUUUAUUUACAUCCAUUAUUCGGGCCAUGGGACGAGGAAGCCGCCAUCUGGGGAAUUUUCCAAUACAUCUACGGGCGAUCUGGCGCUGUCGCUUCAUACCGGAGGAGAAGAGGCCAACGGGAGGCACCUCUGGGGGUUUGAGCUGGCGACAUUCCUCCAGCGCUUGGUUAGCAAGGGCGUGGUUGCGACGCUCGUCCUCGACUGCUGUUUUGCCGCGAGCGUCUAUCGCCGCGAUGAUCCCACCGUGCGGUUUCUGCACUACCAGUCUGAUACGGAAUCCCGUCCUCCUCUUGUCCUGGACCAGGCGGGUGAAACGAGGGAGUACAAUAGAUCUUCGACAGAGGACCGGGAUGUCUCCAUGCUACCGAACUGGCUCAUCAACCCCGACCACUACGCGGUCCUCGCUGCAUGCGGGCCGCACGAAGAGGCAAGGGAACCGCGAUUUGAAGGCGAGAAUCGCGGUGCCCUGUCCUAUCUCCUGCUUAGUGUAAUCCGCCGGGUUGGCCUGUCGGCAAAGCACGGGGAUAUCUAUGAACACCUGCGUGCCAAGUUCCACCACCACGGGUUCGCUCAGAAUCCUGUGCUCUACGGGAACCGUCACCAGGGCUUCUUCGGAGAGGCUCGAUGUGAUCUUGCGGCAGUGGCGGUUCCCAUCACCGGGAAUGGAAAGAAUGGAUCUUUCAGAGUACACGCGGGCCAAGCUCAUGGUGUCACUGAUGGCGACGAGUUUGUCUUGUUUUCCCCAUCUGCCGCGGCCAGUGACCCCCCGUCGCGACGAGAGCCUGUCCUUGCUGUUGUUUCCCGGACUAGAGCGCUCACAUCCGAUCUUGAGGUUGUGGACAGAUCCUCUUCGAGUCGCGUGAGGGCAGGGUGGAUGGCAAGCCUGCGAACUCGAUUGGCACUCCAGAAGUACCCAAUACGACUUGACUCGGGCGUCCAUGAUUGGAAAGAUUUGACCAAGCAUUUGGACAAGCAGCAGCUCAAUGUUAAUACCAGGGCAGGAAAUUCGGUGGCUCUGUUUACUCUGGCCCUCAAAGAUGAUAGGGAAUACAGGAUCCUAGACAGUUCAGGUCGAGAUAUCAUCAAUCUGCCGCGAAUGCCGCAGGACAGCACAAGCGUCAGCCAGGUAGUAGACAUCCUCAAGCACCUGACUCAGUUCCAGCUAGUGCAAUAUCUAUUCCCGCACGACGCUUCUGCAAGCACCCUACGAGGGUGCUUCAAGACCUACAUCAGCCACAACGGGCGUGCCUUUGAGCCAGGCGGCCAGAUAGAGAUAGAACAUGACAGUGUGGCCGAGUUGGUCUUGGAAAACGAAGGAAAUACGGAUCUGUAUUUCUUUAUAUACAAUCUUGGUCCCUGCUGGCAGGUGGAGAAUGUGCAUCGAGGAACAUACAUUGUGGUCUCACCGCGGAGCAGGGGUGGACUGUUCAAGCAUACCGCGAAAAAGAAGCUGCGCGUGAGAAUCCCAGAUCAAAUGAUGGAGAAUGGACACCACUCCUGCAAAGAUAUAGUAAAGGUCUUUGUUACCUCCCAGCCGACGUCGUUUGACGUGCUCGAGCUGCCGAAAUUGGGGGGAAGGGCCAAAGGAACUGUUUCUGACAGGGGAAAUACUCGGCAAGACGACCUGGCGGAAUAUUGGGCGGCCGUGAAUUUUUCUAUCUGUAUUGUCGAGAGUUGA